UUAGUAGUACACAAAAAACAUGAAGAAAAAGAAAGCAGACGGUCACGGUGCCCACAGAAUGGAAUAAAAGCACAAGCACGUGAGGUGAUAACAUGGGCAUGCCACAUCGGAACCUUAUUAACACAACACUUCAUCUGCUACCGACUUUGUCUGUCUCAACAUAAAUACUCUUCCCCCACGCCACCACCACCUGACCCACCUUGCUUGCCGCACACAAGCAAGCAAAGCACCAAAAUCACAAAACCAACGAAAGGAAUCAGAAUUCAAUUCCUCACCACCUUAAACCCUUGAUUAAUUCUUCAUAUUUUUGUGUUUGUUUUUGAAAAACAGAGGAGGGUUGUUAGAGUUUUUGAUCAUGGAAUUGGUUUCCAGAGAAGUGCCCUUGUCAAUGGCUACCCCCUCCAUGUUUCCAGGGUUCAGAUUCUGCCCCACAGACGAGGAGUUGAUUUCUUAUUACCUCAGGAAGAAGCUUGAUGGCCAUGAAGAGAGUGUUCAGGUCAUUUCUGAGGUUGAAAUUUGUAAAUAUGAGCCAUGGGAUUUACCAGGUAGGUGGGACCGUGGGAGCUUAUGUAAAUCAAUGUCGUUCAUUCAAUCAGAUAAUGAGUGGUUCUUCUUCUCUCCCCGUGGAAGGAAGUACCCGAAUGGUUCUCAAAGUAAAAGAGCAACUGAAUGUGGCUAUUGGAAGGCCACUGGGAAAGAGCGCAAUGUGAAAUCAGGCUCUAACGUUAUAGGCACAAAGCGGACUCUGGUAUUCCACUUGGGGCGUGCACCGAAAGGAGAGAGGACCGAAUGGAUCAUGCACGAGUACUGCAUCAAUGACAAGUCUCAGGAUUCUUUGGUGGUUUGUCGCCUUAAGAGGAACACAGAGUUCCGUUUGAGCGAUGCUUCAAAUAGAGCUUCUUCAAGUCAAAUCCAACCAGUGCAUUCACAUGAAAGCUCAGAUGGAGGGAUUGAUCAAAGUCAAAGGGGUCUGGGUGAGGGUGCGCAAGACAAAGAGGUUGGGUGCAGCUCCAAGCGGAGCAGCAGCAGUUAUGGUUCGGAACAAAUUGAAUCUGUAUCUGAAUCGAAUCAACGUCCAGCUAAUGACGGUCAUUUGACUGAAUCUUCUGGUCACCUAAAGGAAGUAGAUGAAGAGGAUUGUUAUGCUGAGAUACUGAAGAAUGAUAUCAUCAAAUUAGAUGAAUCCUCAAUCUCGAAAGCCGGUCACACAAUACCAGAGGACCCUGCACAGUUGGAUAACUACCAAGGCACAGCGCAACGAAGGAUAAGAUUAAGGGUUAAAAGGCCAAGGCGUUCUGCUGAAGGAGCUCGUUGCUCGAGCAAAAUGCACUCAUCCAAGAGUAGCUUCUUUGCCAGAAUUACCACCAGAUUGGUGGUGGUAUUUGCUUUCUUGGUUUUCACUUUGGUAGGUGUAUGUUUUUGGUCUUCAUUUGGUACUUGGUCACGAACAAGUGAAAUUUAGUGGCGUAAUUAUUAUUAGCCCUUCUUCUAUGCUGUGCUAUGCAAGUGUAGGGAAGGUUAAACCUGUUCCUUUAGAA